AUGGGAAAUGCGUCCAACACCUCAGUGUUCACCUCCACCUUAUCAGAGAGAGAAGACCUGAUUUUUGGCACUCUCUAUUUAGUCUUUGGCAUCAUGUCCCUGUCUGGGAACUCCCUGCUGCUGCUGGUGGCCCAUCAGAAGAGGUCCCUGCUGAAACCUGCCGAGCUCUUCAUCGUCAACCUGGCCAUCAGUGACCUGAGCAUGACGGUGACGCUCUUCCCCUUGGCCACCUCCUCCUUCUUUGCACACAGGUGGCUCUUUGACCAGGCCGUGUGCACGCUCUACGCCUUCUGCGGGGUCCUGUUCGGGCUGAGCAGCCUGGCCAGCCUGACGGUGCUCAGCACGGUCUGCUGCCUCAAGGUCUGCUACCCGGCAUAUGAAAAGCUCCAGAUCAGUGUUUUCAUCCCACAGCCCUCCAGCAGGGAGGCCACGCUCUACAUCCUCGCCCUCCUCAUCUGCUGCUACCUGCUGCCCUGCCUGCUCAUCCUGGCGUCCUACGCGCUGAUCCUGUGGACAGUGUGGGCGUCGCGGAGAGCCCUGAGGCGGCACAGGCACAUGUCCCCCCGGCGAGAGAACCGCGGCCUGCACGGGCUGCUCCUCAGGAUGAGCAUCACCGUGUGCCUGGGGUUCCUGGCUGCCUGGACUCCCUACGCCGUGCUGGCGCUCUGGGCCCUGCUCGGGGAUGCCAGCCAGGUGCCAGCACUGGCCUUCGUGCUCUCGGCCGUCUUUGCCAAGUCCUCGACGCUCUACAACCCGCUGGUGUGCCUGCUGCUCAAGCCCACCUUCCAC